AUGACCGUUUCCGUUGGUGGAAUGGAGAUAUCGGCAGCAUCUCUAGCAGCUAUAGUUCGUAAUGCUGAUGCGAAAACGCUUAUUAUCGACUGCCGAUGUUUAGCCGAAUUUAAACAAUCACAUGUCCGUCGCGCUUUGAAUCCAUUCUAUUCAAAACUGCUCCAACGUCGACUUUUAGAGGAUAAGACAAUGAUGGAUUACCGUUCUCAUGUCAUAGAACCUAAUCAAAACAAGUUGCCCGUUAGCGAAUUGUGGCGUAUUUUUUCUCUAGAGCGAUUACUCAUCAAAUUGAUCGCUUCGUCGUCCAUUAGCGUGGUCAUUCUUGGAAUAGAACGCCUACUCAUCACCAGCAUAUUCUAA